AUCUUCCAUUUUUCUGAUGAACAAAGCAAAGUGCUGAAAGAGAGAGAGAGAGAGAGGAAAAGAAAAGAUAAACCCCCAAAGAAUCAUUUAUUUUACAUUUCGCCGCUAAGAUUCUGUUUCUGAACAUUUUACACCGUCAAGAGUCACGCUUGUGUGAGCCGCCAUGUGUGGAGGAGCUAUAAUCUCCGACUUCGUUCCGCCGCCGACAUCUCGCCGCGUUACCAGCGAAUUCAUCUGGCCGGAUCUGAAGAAGAAUGUGAAGGGAUUGAAGAAGAGCUCGAAGAAGCGUUCGAGUUUCUUUGACCUUGACGAUGAGUUCGAGGCUGACUUCCAAGGUUUCAAGGAUGACGCAUCCAUCGAUUGCGAUGAUGAUUUCGAUGACGUCUUCGCCGAUGUGAAACCGUUUGUUUUCACCGCGACCCCGAAACCCAAACCCGUCGUCUCGUCCGCCGCCGCCGAUUCAGCUUUGGGCAAGAAAGUUGCCGACUUUAAUGGACAAGCUGAGAAAUCUGCAAAGAGGAAGAGGAAGAAUCAGUACAGAGGGAUAAGGCAACGCCCUUGGGGCAAAUGGGCUGCAGAGAUCCGUGAUCCAAGGGAAGGUGCAAGAAUCUGGCUUGGGACUUUCAAGACAGCUGAGGAAGCUGCGAGAGCUUACGAUGCUGCAGCAAGAAGGAUCCGUGGAUCCAAAGCUAAGGUCAAUUUCCCGGAGGAAAACCCUCAGAGACGCCCUGCCAAGGCCAGUCCUCAGAAACCGGUCGCUAAACCAAACCCAAACCCGAGUCCAGCUUUGGUUCAGGACUUCGACAACUCCUUUGACAACAUGUGUUUCAUGGAGGAGAAACACCAAGUGAACAGCAACAACAACAAUCAGUUUGGGUUGACAAGCUCCGUUGAUGCUGGAGGUAAUGGGUAUCAGCAGUAUUUCAGCUCGGACCAGGGUAGUAACUCAUUCGACUGUUCUGAGUUUGGUUGGAGCGACCAAGCUCCGAUAACCCCUGAGAUCUCUUCUGCGUUUAUCAACAACAACAACAACUCUGGUCUGUUCGUCGAGGAAGCUAAUCCAGCUAAGAAGCUCAAGUCCAUGGAUUUUGAGGCACCUUACAACAACGUUGAAUGGGACCCUUCACUUGAUUUCCUCAACGGAGAUGCUGUGGCGACUCAGGACAAUGGUGAAAACCCUAUGGAUCUAUGGACCAUCGAUGAGAUCGAAUCCAUGAUUGGAGGAGUCUUUUGAAAGAGAUCCAUUUUCAUGUAAAUAAGUCCUGCAUGAGUUGCUGUUGGAUUAUAAGACACCUGAAGCUUGUCUGCAUUGCAAGAGCCAUAAGCCUCUUUUAAUUAGAGGCUUAAUUUUAGGAGUUUCUGCACUUUUUGUUUCAAAAUAUUUUGAACUCUCUUUUACUGAAUCUUUUGUGCUUUGUGUGUUUGUUACUUUUGACAUUGUCAUAAACUCAUAAUAUGUGAAAUCUCUCCUCUGUUUUAUGUCUCGAUGCUACUAAGGACCGGUACGAGUCGAACCGGAGGAAAAAACAAGGACCGGAAAUCGUAAAUUAGAUCGCGUGUGUUUAUCACAUUGAUUGCCUAGAAGAAAGAGCCACUUUUGUUACUUUUUCAUACAAUGAAUCUAGAGGGAAAAACAACAAACGACGUCGUUAAAAGGACAGAAGAAUCUAAAGGUUUGCACUUUCUCUGCAAGUGGGUAACUGGUGAGUUUGUGACUUUCUCGUGACACAAACAAAGUUAAAUCACUCUUCUGGACUCUUCUCCUUCUUUCCGUCAUUUUCACCCAUCUGUAUAAAUGUGUACAUAUUUGUUUUUCACUAAAUGUUCAAAGUAUAUAUAUUUUUUUUUUGACAAGUUCAAAGUAUACAUGUAUAUUCUUUUUUUAUUUAAUAUAAAUAAUAUAUGCAC